AUGCCUCGCUACCGCUCUCCAUCCCGCACCCCAUCGCCAUCCCGCUCGCCCUCGCGGGGGAGGACAACCUCGCGGGCGCGGUCCCACUCCCGCGGCCGCAGCGCCUACACAGAUGGCGUGUACUCAACAUCCUCAUACUCAUCCCGGUCCCGGUCCCGCUCAUACUCACGCUCCCCCUCGCGGUCCACGCGCUCCCGCCGCACGACAACGACAUCGUCGUCGCGGCACCGCGGCCCAUUGUCGCACAUCCUGGACACGUCGGCGAGCACGAACAGCGAGAAGGCCGAGAACAUCGCCAAGACGUCGCUGGUGAUGCUGGGCGCCAUCGGGGCCGCCACGCUCGCCGCGCACAGGUUCUGGCCCAAGGGCAUCACCUACGGCGACAAGGAGGACUGGGAGUGCGAGGACAAGGAGAAGGGCAAGCGCGAGAAAGUCAAGGACAAGGCCAAGGACGUCAAGGCUGCCAUCACGGGGGAGCCGCGGCGGGGGGACGACCGCGGUGAAGGUGGUAGUGGGAGCGGGAGUAGGGACGAUGAGAGGCGUGACGGGCGGCGUGGUGGUGGUGGCGGCGAUAGGGGCAACGGCCGCGGGGAAGGCGGCGGCGACAACGACCGCGACAGGAGCCGCGAGCGGCGCAGGCGGUACCUCGAGAACAGGGAGCGCAACGGCCGCCCGAGCGGCAAGGAGCUCGACCGCAUGGAAGCCCGCCGCCUGGCACUGCCCGCCGCCGCGGCAGCGGGCGCAGCAUACCAGGAAGAGCGCCGGCGGAGGGCAGACGACCCACCACCCCGGGACCGGGACCGGGACCGGGACCGCUACGACGACUACGACCCACGCGAGUGGCGCGACCGGUACGCCGAGGGCGCGGGCCCCCCUCCACCACCACCUCCGCCCCCAACACAGCAGCGCGCCACGACGCAGCGCCGCGUCGAGCAGUACACCUCGGCGGCGCCGCCUCCACCGCCUCCCCCGGCGCCGAGCGUGCCGUCCGUGGUCAGCUAUGCGCGCAACGACGCCGCGGCGCCGGUGGUCAUCUCGACGGGGGGCAGGCGGGAGCUGGAUGUGGAGCGGAGAAGGCACUAUGUUGAGCGCGACGUGAUUGUGAUCCCGUCACGGGGCGAGACGGAGUUUAUCGUGAACCGGACGGCGCCGCCGGGGAACAGGCUGACUGUUGAGAGGGAGGGGCGGAUUUACCGGUGA